AUGAGAGGGAACGUUCAUAUAAUAAUGGCUACAAGUGUUAGUUUCUGUACUAUUGCUGGAUGCAUGCUACUGAUGAUGAUUGUGCGUUAUGAGCUGAAAAGUGUGGAAAAGAGCAUUCUUGAAGUGAAUCGGGACAUUGAGGAAGAAAGUACGAAAUCGUGGAAAAUGCUGAGGGAUCUCAAAAUCGACCCGGCAAUGCUUCGCGAACGACGAGACGUGUUUCGCAAACUAAAUGGUCUCUCCACCGCCUCCGCUGUUGGAAUCACCCAUCGACGAAUGUUAUCUCCGCUGGAUGACUAUGCAGUUGGAAUGGACACGCGAGAUGCAGCUGUCAAAGAAACUCCAGCGACAGUCAAGCAUGAGGAGAGCGAUAGCAUGGAAAAUGCUUAUCAAUUCCCAUCCGCCAAUGCAAAAUCUUCAAUUUCAUCAUCUUCUACAUCUGAGUCUCUUACGCCAAAGCUCUCGCCAUUCUCCUACUCAAUCAGCAGUCAAAUCCAAAGUCAGCCGCCGGCUUAUACUCCACCCAGCUAUAGCAGCGAAGCCAUUGGAUAUGAAAUUCAUACAGAAGCCAUUGCCAAAGCAAAAGCUCCGGAGUGCAAGUGUGAUCUGACAACAACGUGUCCUGCAGGUCCUCCGGGGCCUAAGGGUGUCCCGGGUUCUAAUGGCAGCGAUGGUGAAAACGGAAGUCAUGGAAAGGAUGGAGAGGAUUUCGAUGACGUAGCCGAGCACAUCCCACUGCUAAGCUCAUGCAUAACUUGCCCUGAAGGACCACCAGGACUUCCGGGAAGAGUUGGAAAGCGUGGAACACGCGGUCUUCGAGGAGCCGCUGGUCUGGCUGGAAUCCCAGGAAGAAGCGGAAAUCCGGGAUCUCCAGGUGCUAUGGGAGCAGAAGGACCACCGGGAGCAGAUGGUGAGCUUGGACCUGCUGGAGUUCCGGGAAUGGAUGGCAUAAAGGGAAAAGGAAAGCGAGGUGCUAAGGGAUCCCAGGGCCGUGUAGGUGAGAUGGGCGAGAGAGGUGAUCGUGGAGAAGAUGGAAAGGAUGGUGACGCUGGAGCAGCUGGUACUCGUGGGCCUCCUGGAGAGCCAGGAAGACCUGGUCUGAAUGGAGAACCUGGUGCUGCUGGAGCUGAGGGUGAACCCGGACAAGAUGGAGAGUACUGCCCAUGCCCAAGACACAUGUUCCGUGACUCGAAUCCUAUGAAUAGAAUCUUGUAA